AUGGAUCCACUUGAACUUGAAACAUUGUUCAAGAUCAUGGAGACAGUAUCUUCUGAUCAAAGCUGGAGGACUGCACAUCCAAACCCUUGUAAACCAGGCUCAUCUUGGAUUGGAAUUGAGUGCAAAAGCUCAGGAAAUGACAAUCUCAUUCAUGUUUCUAGGCUUGACCUUGGCGUCCCACCAAACCCUUCAUGCAAAAGCACAGCCACAUUUCCUUCACAAAUCUUCCAACUUCCGCACCUUGAGUCUGUGUUUUUUAUUUCAUGCUUCACACACGCCAGAACAACCAUUUCAUUUCCUAUUAAAGUCUCGAGUUCUUCGCUGCAACAGCUGAGCAUUCGAUCAAAUCCUGCACUUGUCGGCCUCAUCCCAUUUCAACUUUCCUCCUUAAAAUCACUCCAGAUCCUCACGUUGUCGCAAAACCUUUUAUCCGGAACAAUUCCAGCUCAAAUUUUUAGUCUGAGUUCCCUUUUGCGCCUUGAUCUAAGCUACAAUAUGCUCACUGGAAGAAUUUCAUUCCAAGUGGGAAAUCUAAAAAACCUCGUUGGCCUUGAUUUGAGCUAUAACAAGCUCACAGGCGCAAUUCCCAGCACAAUUGGCCAAUUGGGUAUGCUUCAGAAGCUUGACUUGAGUUCCAAUAAACUCACGGGAAGGAUUCCAGAAACCAUAGGGAAUCUACAUUCUUUGGUCUUCAUUGCCUUGAGCAGCAAUGAAUUAAAAGGGCUUUUGCCCAAAGGAGUCUCAAUGCUGCAAAACUUACAAUACUUCCUUAUGGAUGAUAAUCCAAUGUUCAUAUCACUGCCAUCAGAGUUCGGUGAACUGCAGAAACUUCAAGAGCUCAGGCUGGCCAAUUCAGGAUAUUCUGGCAAAAUCCCACCAACCUAUUCAAAGCUAAGUAACUUGAGCACAUUAUCCUUACAAAACAACCGAUUAACAGGCGAAAUUCCGGCAAGUUUUGGCAGCUUAUCACACAUUUAUCACUUGAACUUGAGCAGAAAUUUCUUGGAUGGCGUUGUUCCUUUCAAUUCAAGUUUCCUAAACAGGUUAGGAAAGAAUUUGGACAUUAGUGGGAAUCCAGGGCUCUGUUUAAGUCCAUCUGAAGCAAAUGGCUUCAACCUUGGAGUUAAUGCUUGUGGCAGCAACAAAUCAGGCUCUUCGAUCUUACCAUGGGAAAAGUCUGAAGCUCAUCAACAUGGGAUCCCAAGACCAUUAUUCUUUUUAUUAGUACUACUUAGUACUAUGAUUUCUGUAGCACUAUCGAACAUUUAA